AUUAUAGAGAUCAGUGGAUACAAAAUGAUGUCAUACUUGGUUCCAUUCCUCGGAGUUGGAGUAGCAGUUGCACUUUCUCUAUGGUUGAUUCGUCAGUACAGAAACUAUACUAUAACCAUAUAUCUAAGCAGCGUGACCAUGGAAGGCAAGACUGUCAUUAUCACAGGAGCAAACAGUGGAAUAGGUAAGGCGACUGCAACGGAGCUGGCGGCUAGGGGUGCGCGCGUCAUCAUGGCCGUGCGCGACCUUGAGAGCGGUCGGCAGGCGAUUGCUGACAUACGUGAGCGCACCGCGGCUGGCGAGCUCCUGCUCAAGCGGCUCGACCUGGCGUCGCUGGCGUGCGUGCGCGCAUUCUGCGCGGACGUGCUCGCGACGGAGCCGCGCAUCGACGUGCUCGUCAACAACGCGGGCGUGUACGGCGGCCCCGCGACGACGACUGAGGACGGCUUCGAGUACAACCUCGCCGUCAACCACCUCGGUCACUUUCUUCUCACGCGUCUACUCACCGAGCGGCUCGUCGAGUCGGCGCCGAGCCGCGUCAUCGUCGUCACGUCGUCGCUCUACAGGAAGGGCAUCGUCGACUUCGAUAAUCUGAACAUGGUCGGCGCGUACAACCCGGCGAAGGCGUACAAGAACUCGAAGCUGAUGAACUCGUUGUUCGGGCGCGAGUUGCACCGCAGGACGUGCGAGCGUGGCGUGUCGACGUACCUCGUGCAUCCGGGCAUCGUCUGGUCAGGCCUAGCGCGCCGCGUCAACACGCCGCGCAUCAUCAGGUUGCUGUUCCGCCCCCUCGGACUCGCGCUCCUGAAGACGCCCUUCCAAGGCUGUCAGACGAGCGUGUUCUGCGCUGUUGAUAAGUCUAUCGAGGGUGUGUCUGGCAAGUAUUACGGCAACUGCAGAGAGGAGCCUCUGGAUAGCAAGGCUUUGGAUAGUGACGUCACAAAGAGAUUGUGGGAAGUUAGUGAGAAGCUCACUGGGUGUUAGGCAAGCAGGAAUAGCUGAUCGUUAUCAUGGGUUUAUGUAAACAGUGUUUCUUGUGUCACUUUACUUAAAUUUGUGAAAAUUAUGUGCGACAAUUUAUUCGAGUCGUAGAUGGAAAUCAUUAUUCAAAAUCACAUGACGUUUUUAACUUGAAAUAUUUUAAAUAAUGUGGCUAUCAUGUAUGGAAGGUAUUCACAUGUGUGGACGCAGUGACGGAUCCAGGGGGGCACAGGGGGCGGUCGCCUCUCCCUAGAAUUUUCAGGGCAAUGGUAUUUUAGCCUAACACCCUCCCCCUCUGGCGCUUCGUGCCCUUGAGCUCACAUGACUCGCCCCCCCCCUAGAAUUCACUUCUGGAUCCGCCACUGGGACGCACUCGCACAUAGGUGUAGGUAUAAGGGAUAAAUUUAUUUGUUGUUACGUAUCAAAGACGUAUUUAAUCUGGAGAGACAAUAACCAUCAUAUUAUAUUCAAGGAUUAUUUUUUCACGUUUUAGUUAGGAGACAAUUAACGAUUGACUGUUAAUGAUGAUAUUUCUGUAAUAUUGUUGUUGUUACUUAAAAAAUAUUGCGCGAAACUGCAGUAUUUAAUAUAACUAAAGCAGUAAUAAAGUUGGAUGCUAAUUAUUAACCAUA